AUGCCCCGUCUCAAGUCCAAGCGGCGUUCUGAGUCUGCCAAGCGCCAGAUGGCAGAACGGCGCACUGUGGUUCUUGGACCACAGCAUCCUGCUGAAGAGCCCUGCCGUGGUACAGGGCGUCGGCAUGCUGUGCUGAAAUGGCCAAUUUCGGCUGUCACUGGCCGAAGCCACAAAUUGGUCCUUCCUGCUGAGUCGCCUGACAAGAAGUUUGUUCUGAUUGUUGGGGACUCCCAUCUACGCGCCAUCGUAGAUGGAUUUGUCAAGAUGCCAGAGGGGUGCCUUUCCUUUGGUGUCAUGUCAACGCCGGGGGCUCGUGCGUCACAGUUGAGGACCGAGGUGCAUCAUGCUGUAGUGCCUCGGACCCCUGAUGUUGUGUGUGUACUGGCUCCUAGCAACAACUUGACAGCCAGCAAGACGCCUUGCGAGGCAGGUGUCGAGUUCGGCCUGUACCUGGAUGCUGUCCGCAGUCGCUGGCCAGAGGUGUUUGUCCUGGACUUUCCUCCACGUCUGACCAUCGAGGAGGUUCAGCAGGAAUUCUUUCGCCAAGAGUUCCAUCGUGUGGCGGCAAGGGCUGGUGUGAAGUACUACUCCAUUGCUGAGCGCUUUCCCUUGAACCACACUGACCUGUGGAGUAGAGAUGGUGUCCACCUUAGCGAUUGCGAAGGCAUGGGGAUCCUUGUACAGUUACUGUGGGCUGCUGCCUAUCAGGAACUACAGCCACCUCCACCAAAGCCACAGGUUUCCCCAAGGGCAUCAUCUCCUCCUACUUCCAGCAUCGUUCCGAGACUGGUCGUUAAGGGGGAGGUCAUCGUUCCACGUAGACCAAACCCUUUUGAAUGGACGAUUGUUGGGAAUGGCAGCAAGGUGGACACAACUUCAGGCCUGGAGGAGUGUACCAUCCCGCUGAACCCUCGCAGGUUCAGCAGUGCUGUGCUGGAUGCGAUGGAUCAUGUUGUUCCAUCUCAUCUUUCCAGCCCUUCAUGUACAGAUGUUCCACAAGUUACAAAGGCGGAGGCAAGUGUUGUGGAGGUGUUGAAGGCGUCACCCUCCUCUGCUGUGAAAGAGGACGUUCCAGACCGGAUGGCAGUUACACCGAGCCUGGCGGUGUCUGCGGAGCCGGAGCUUGGGUCUGCUGAGGCAGCCCCUGCGUCUGCACUUGCCCCUGCUGUGGUGGAUGAGGUGCCAGAGAUGGGUGUUCGUAAGCGCCGCAAACCAAGAUCCACCAAUGGUCAGUUUGAUAAUUGA